AGGGGGCGGGGGAAGGGGGCACAUCAGCAGUGCUCAGGGCUGACUCCUGGCUCUAUACUCAGGGAUCUCUCCUGGUGGGGCUUGAAGGACCCGUUAUGGGGUGCUGGCCAAGUGCAAGACACCCUACCCAUUCUCCCUCCCGACAAUACUGAUCUAUUUUUAUUGCCAAAGAAUAGCCCUUUGGGGGAUAGUGGUGGGUGGGGGUGUCUCGGGACUGAACCCAGAGUCUUAUAAAUGGGAAGCAUGCUCCCUGCUCCUGACCUGCAUCCCCGACUUUGAAUAUGUUAAAUGUCUGUAGCAUUCCUAGUCCUGUCCGUUCAGUCUUGUGUGUGUGUGUGUGUGUGUGUGUGUGUGUGUGUGUGUGUGUGAAGCAAGAGUUUUUAUUGAAAUUUAUUUAGAAAGAUUGAGGCGAGAGAAAGGAGCAUGUGUUCAAGAGAGAACAAGCUUCUGCAAAGGUAGAACACAGGUUUUACCAAAGCCUGUCCUUUUGAUCAUUCUUUUUUUUUUCUAAUGGUGAUUGUUUGUUUGUUUGUUUGUUUUUCUUUUUUGGGUCACACCCAGUGAUGCACAGGGGUUACUCCUGGCUCUACACUCAGGAAUUACUCCUGGCAGUGCUCAGGGACCAUAUGGGAUGCUGGGAAUUGAACCCGGGUUGGCCGCAUGCAAGGCACACGCCCUACCUGCUUUGCUAUCACUCCAGCCCCUCUAAUGGUGAUAGUUUUUAUUGAUACUUUGAAAGAUGUGAAGGAAGAGAGGGAGAGGAAGUACAUAUUCAAGAAAGGACACCAGCUUGUCCAGAGUGGAAAAAGCAAAGAGAUGUAAAAACAAGCAAGUGGGGUACAUGUUCAGGGGAGAACAAGAGCUUCAGUCAUUUCAUUUUUUAAUUUUUGGGGGAGUACCCCAGAUGGUGCUUAGGGCUUGAUCCCAGUACCAAACACACACACAAAGUGGAGUGCUAGCAGCUUGGUCUUUUCAGCUGCUUCUGAAGAAGCAAAGAGAAAUAUUCCAGUUCUGCCUUCAUAGUUCUCUGCCUUUAUGCAAAACUGUAGAAAAUGAACAAAUCUGAGGGAUCUGUUUCUUUCACGGAUGUAACAGUGGAUUUCACCCAGGAGGAGUGGGAGCAGCUGGAUCCCGCUCAGAAGAUCCUGUACAUGGACGUGAUGCUGGAGAAUUAUAGCAACUUGCUGUCAGUGGAAGUGUGGAAGGCCGAUGACCAGGUGGAGAAGAAACACAGAAACCCAGAUGAGCAAGCAAGGCAAUCUGUCAUCCUCAAGAAUCAGAGCCCAAUUGAGGACAGAGGUGACCUCUCUGAGAAAACAUUUGAUCUCAGCGCAGACUUUAUUUCUUUACGACAAGUACCCUAUAAAUAUGAUUUAUAUGAAAAAUCCUUGAAGUACAACUCAGACUUACUUAGUAGUAAUAAAAGCUAUCUACGAAAGCAAACUGACGAUGAGUAUGAUGGGUUUGGAAAAGCACUCGUCUAUCUGAAGCAAGAGAAAACCCAUUCUGGAGUGGAAUACUCUGAUUAUAAGAAAAUUGAGAAAGCUUUCAGUCAUAAAGAAACCAUUUUUAAACAUCAGAAGAUUAGAAAUUUGGUGCAGCCCUUUAUUUGUAAUUAUUGUGACAAAGCUUUUUCUUUUAAGUCACUCCUUAUUAGUCAUAAGAGAAUACAUACUGGAGAGAAACCUUAUGAAUGUAACGUAUGUAAGAAAACCUUCUCCCAUAAGGCAAAUCUCAUUAAACAUCAAAGAAUUCAUACCGGGGAGAAGCCUUUUGAAUGCCUUGAAUGUGGAAAAGCUUUCACUCACCAGUCAAACCUCAUUGUACACCAGAGGGCACACAUGGAAAAAAAGCCCUAUGGGUGCAGUGAAUGUGGCAAGACCUUUGCCCAGAAAUUUGAACUUACCACGCACCAGAGAAUUCACACAGGAGAGCGACCCUAUGAAUGCAGUGAAUGUGCAAAAACUUUCUUCAAGAAAUCAAACCUAAUCAUCCACCAGAAAAUUCACACAGGGGAGAAACGCUAUGAGUGCAGUGAAUGUGGAAAGUCCUUUAUCCAGAACUCACAACUUAUUAUACACAUGAGGACACACACAGGAGAGAAGCCCUAUGAAUGUACUGAAUGCGGUAAGACAUUCAGCCAGAGGUCAACUCUCAGAUUGCAUUUACGAAUUCACACGGGAGAGAAGCCCUACGAGUGUUCCGAGUGCGGGAAGGCCUUCAGCCGAAAGUCCCGACUCAGCGUCCAUCAGAGAGUUCACAUAGGAGACAAACCCUGAGACUGAACCUUCCCUGGAGGAGAAACCUCAGGAAGGUACUGAAGAAACACAGAAAUUCACAGCGAGAUACGGUCUGUAAACUAAGACAUGGAAAUGAACAUGAUACUGAAGUCAGAUACAAUACAGAUCUGACUAAAUGGCUAAAGAGUACAUAGCAGGAUAUAAAUAGCCAUGCCUAGCUGUUUUACAAACUUGUUUCAAAUUCUUGAUUCAUUUAAGAAUGAAAUAUUCUGGGCAUUGGCAUAGAGGAUCUACAAAUUGUACCCUUGGAAUGUAAUGGCUUUGUUAAAUUAUGCUACAAAAAAUGCAGAUUGUGUGUGCUUGAUUUGCACAUGAGGGUGUCGCUGAGAAUUGGAAAGCUUUGUCCUGUGAUGAUGAGGACACACCAAGCAAAACUUUCAUACCUGAUGGCCUGUGUUCUUCAGUACCCUUUACAACCCAGUAUGCAUUCCAGUGAAGUGUCUGAGGGUCUUUCCAGUACCCGGGAGAUUUUCUCCACAGGGUGGAGCUGCAUGGUGAGUAGACAGAAGACUCUGUUGACACUUCAACCUAGGCGGAGGGUUUCCUGGCAUUUGCACAAAUAUGCAAAUAUGAUGUAAGGAAGAUAUUCAGAGAGUGAAAGGAGACAGCUUGGCCUGUAUGGCACCACCUGAUGGGAAUGGGCUCUGAGAAGACCCACAUACCAGCGGCUUCCACCGUGGGUGGGGUGUCUCCAUACAGAUAUGCAUGACUUAUGUCCAAAUAUUUAUAACUCAGAACGGUUUGUAUUUUUGUGUGCUUCUCAUUUCUCUCAUACUUCAUGAAUUUUAUGAAUUGUCUUGCAGAAAGUAGGAUGCAUAAAUAGUUCCCAUGUAUGACAUUUCAGAUAAUUUAGAGCAAAAUUUUUAAGAAACUCAUUAAAUAUGUUAUCUUUUUAAGUGUCCACAUUUUACUUUAGAAAUAAAAAUCUGCUAUUUUCUAUUUAAAGUAGGCAUUUCCACUUCUUUGAGUCUUCAAAGAAUUUCUCUUUGAAGCCAGACAGUGUAUUUAAAGUAUUUUAAAGAAUCACAAACACUAAAAUUAGACUUCUUGGGGUCAGAGUGAUAGCACAGUGAGUAGGGCAUUUGCCUUGCACACAGCCAACCCAGGUUCAAUCCCUGGCAUCCCAUAUCACCUCCCCCGCCAUGCACCACCAAAAGUAAUUCCUGAGUGCAGAGCCAGGAAUAAUCCUUGAGCACUGUUGGGUAUGACCCAAAAAGUAAAAAAAAAAAAAAUUAAUUAAUUAAAUUAGACUUCUCAGUGACCUCUACACGUAGUGUUUGAUGAUCAACCUCUAAAAAUGCUUGGCUGGGCUGGGCAGACAGGACAGAGGGUAGGGUGCUUGCCUCUCACAUCGCGGACCCCAGUUCCAUCCCAGGCACCAAUAUGGUCCCUGAGCACUGCUGGGUUUGGUGCCCCCUAAAAAACACCCAAAAUAAUAUUUUGUUUUGUUUUACAUAAUUCAGAUACCACUUUAGGGACUCUCGCACAUGCCUUGGAUUCAGUCCCCAACACUGCAUGAGUAUGAUACAAAAAUAAUACACCAUAUUAAGCUUGACUUCAAAUGAUGAGAGUCAGCCUCACCCCGUCCUUCAUAAAUUGUAUUAGAAUUGCCAACAAAAAUGCUAACUAGCUUUCCGCUUGUUUUUGAGGGGCGUAUCUGGUGUGCUUGGCAGGGAAGGCCCCACCCAGCAGUGCUAGGGACCGUGCAGUGCUGGGUGUUAAACCCAUGUGCAAAGUCUGUUCCAGUCCUCAGCCAGCUCCUCUGCCACUAGCUUUUUUUUUUUUUCUUAAAAUUUAAGAUCACUGAUAUGCUGUAACUGUUGAUAAUGUGACUUUCUGAAUCACUUGUAUCAUUUGUCAUCCCGUUGCUCAUCAGUUUGCUCAAGUGGGCACCAGUAACGUCUCCAUUCGUCCCUGUCCAUGCUAUUGUAGCCCAGUGGCGUCUGCUCGUUCCAGGAGCACGAAGAGCAUCAAACCAUUCAUUCAGGGUCUUUUUUUCUUUUUUUCUCUUUGGGUCACACCUAGCCAUGUCAGGGGUUACUCCUGGUUUUGCACUCAGGAAUUACUCCUGGUGGUGCUUGGGGGACCAUAUGGGAUGCCGGGGAUCGAACCUGGGUUGGCCACAUGCAAGGCAAAUGUCCUACCUGCUGUACUAUCGCUCCGGCCCAUUCAUUCAGGGUCUUGACGAAGAAGUCUGACCAUCUUUUUUUUUUUUUUUGCUUUUUGGGUCACACCCAGCGAUGCUCAGGGGUUACUCCUGGCUUUGCACUCAGGAAUUACUCCUGGCGGUGCUUGGGGGACCAUAUGGGUUGCCGGGGAUCGAACCCGGGUCGGCCGCGUGCAAGGCAAACGCCCUACCCACUGUGCUAUCGCUCCGGCCCCGAAGUCUGACCAUCUUGUAGGUGGGCGGCCAGGCGUUCUUUUGACAUCCCGUGGAAUCUAGUUGGUAACAGCUCUAGUCCAGUGGACGACCGGACAAUCCAAAUUGCAUUAUGUGUCCAGCCCAUCUGAUUUUUGAUGCCUUGGCAAACGAGGCAGCAUCCCUGAUUCCUGAUCGUCAGUGGAGGUCGGAACUCUGGAUUCCUUCUUUUCUCACUUCUCUCACUUUCUGAAUACAUUUGCCAAAAUAUCCAUAGUACAUUAAGUUCUUGUCUUUCUAAGUGUUCCUCUUCCCUGUUAACAGCAAGGAAGCAGGAGAAGAGGUUAAUUUAAUACAUUAUUUUUAUAAAGGCAAAUUGUGGCCAACCUCCUUGGAAAUUAUGGCCCUUUUCACAUUAAAAAUAUACACACCUUGGGACCAGAGAGAUAGGGUGCUUGCCGGUGUAUAGGGUGCUUGCCUUUCACAUAGUCCACCCAUUUUCAAUCCCUAGCACCACUUAUGUGUCCCCUUGAGCCUGCCAGGGGAUCCCAGAGUGCAGAGCCAGAUGUGGCCCCCAAAUUAAAAAGUUUACAUUCUUCAUUCCAAGAAUUUCAAUCCUGGGAGGUUAUUCCUAAGGGAAGAAAGUGCCAGUACUUAAGAUAUUUUUAUCAGUGUGUAUUGUAUUUUUGUCAGGGACUUAAAAAACAAAAAGGAAAUAGUGUGAAUGAACCCCAGUAAGAGAGUAAUUGCAUAAACUGGUGAAAACAUAGCGUGGCUGGAGAGGUUCCAUGGAAAAGAAUGUGUAGGAUUAAACACCUCCGGCUAGAGGAGGAAAGCAAGGGAAGUAUGUGUGUUGUGGAUGUGUGUGUACACAAACUUUUAAAAAAUAAACAUCUAAGAUCCCGGUAUGUGUAUUUGUGUAUGAUUUCAUGGACCAGGAAAACAGAAUUCCCCAACUAAAAAAUAUUCUUACUGGGACUGGGUUGAUGACACAAAG